GUCCGAAAAGCACCAAAUGUUAUUUAAGAGACGAAUGUAUAUAUCGUGACUUUGAUAACUACGUAUGCAAUCUGACCACCACGAGAACGCCAGAUGUGCCCAUGGGAAGUAGUUUCUGUGUGAAGACGAGAAGAUGCAUCAUGUGGGCGGGACCGAACCAGACGCGCGUUAUAAUCACUUGUGCAGUCGAGUUUACAAAGUCUGGUUGGCUCAAAGGUACAAUCGAAAAGGCCUGUAUCGACGGACAAAAAGAAUAUCAGAAACGUCUAGCUCACGCAAUCAGAAAGUACAUCGGAGCUCAUCCAUCCGAGUUUCAAGACGAUAUUAAAUCGCCAGUCAGAGAGCAAUUUGAAGAGUCAUCAUCAGAAGAAUACAAGGAGCAAGGAACCAAUGGCGCGGACAUGGAUUCGGACUUGUCUGCUCCAAAUAAGGCUAGUCGACCCAAUAAGCAUCGUUUAUCAUGGUCGAAUGGCAGUGAGGACGAUACGGAAGAUUU